UUUUAUUUUAGUGGACUAUAGGUUAUUUAACACACUUUAGAGCAAAUAACAGCUAAUUGGGGGUUUAAUAUAACUUAUACCUACGGUUCAAUGCAGCACAGACGACAACGAAGCAACUCACGUGUUUUAAAAGCCAAUAGUGGGAAGUGUGUCUUGACGGCGUAUUUUUCCUUUAAUGAUACUACGCAUGAUCGUAGUUUUGAUAGCAAAGCAGACGCGUCGAGUAAAAAAUGUCGCAUUUUGAUUUUGUUUCAAUAUAAAUUGUUUGCGUAUUGUAAAACAUAAGAAGACGGGAUACUCUGGUUUUGUAAAUUGUCCCACGCCGUAAAAUAUUUGGUUACUUCGGUCGAAUCUCCCACGUUGCCCCUUUUCUUACGCAUGUCAUCUAAUAGUAAACGAUUUUCAUUCACGCUAGUUUCAUUUGAUGCCAGCGAGUGUAACGCAAUUGCUGUGUCAGUUGCAAAAUUGAUAUAUUUGUCGUUAAUCUAUCCGAAUGACGGAAUUGCCAAAAAAUGUAUAAAAUUGGCAACAGUGUGUGUGUGUAGCAUAGAAUUGCCAAACAACAUUGGGAAGUUUUGUGUCUUAGGAGAAGCAUGGUGGAUGGACAAUACUGUUAUGAGGUUGUUAAUUUUGACGAUACAUGUACGAAAAAUCAACUCUUAUUUAUUAUAGUAAUGUUUGAAAACAGUUCGUGAAUGUGUGUACUUUGGUGUGCAAUAAUACGAUCCACAUGUUAAAUUAAAAGGAACUCGAAGUUCAGAGCCGAAUGUGCAAAAUAGUCUUCCUUGCCUCAUUCGAAGGCAUCCGGCCCAAUUGGGGCCGUCACUGAUGGCUUUAGCUGCACUGGUACGGCCGUUGAGGCCCCUCACUUUUUUGGCAACUUUUAUUUUUCUGAUGCAGCUGAACCUGCUGAACACCAACGAGUUAAUAUCAAUCACACCUGAACCUAUCAUCUGCAAAAGUAUCGAUAUACGCAAUAAGGUGGAGUCUUUUGCCGAAUUGGAAGGUUGCCAAGUAGUCGAGGGAUACUUGCAGAUUCUGCUUUUCGACAAUGUGAACGAAACUGACCUGGAAAAAAUCAGUUUUCCCGAAUUGACUGAAAUUACCGAUUAUUUAUUAUUAUUUAGAGUAAACGGACUUCGCAGUAUAGGCCAACUGUUUCCGAAUUUGGCCAUCAUACGAGGCCAAAAUUUAUUUCCUAGUAAUAAGGCGUUAAUAGUAUUCGAAAUGUCAAUGUUGCAAGAAAUCGGUUUGUAUUCCUUAACGGAUAUCCUCCGAGGUUCCGUCCAUAUUGACAAAAACCCGUCGUUGUGUUACGUGCAUACGAUCGAUUGGAAUCGAAUUAUUCACGACAAAUCGAUAGUUCCUAAUUUGAAAAGCUUUAAGCCGGAAAACGAAUGUCCGGUGUGUCCGGAAUCGGUGAACGGAAUGUCCUGUCCGCGGGAUACCACGGGCAAGGACAGGUACCUUUGCUGGAACAGAGAACACUGUCAGAAAAUCUGCAAAGGUUGCGACGUAUGUAACGAGAUUGGGAAAUGUUGCGAUUCUCAUUGCAUGGGAGGUUGCAGUAUUAAUGACACCAGGAAAUGUUCGGUUUGUCGCCAUUAUGUCGGACCCCAGCAGCCACCCGUAUGCGUAGAGCAAUGCCCGCCACAGUAUUAUAAAUAUUUAGAUAGACGGUGUGUAUCUAAAGAAGAAUGCCUAAGCAUGAGCCGUCCCACAGGCAUCAGAGGGCCUAUCAACGAUAACGGCAAGAACCCUUACAAAAUUUUCAACGGAUCUUGCAUACUGCAAUGUCCGACUAACUACGCUGACGAUUACGAGCGUAGCACUUGUAAAAAAUGCGACAAUACUUGCAAAAAGGAAUGUCCUGGAGCUAGCAUAGACAGCAUCAAUUUAGCGAAGCAAUUGAGGGGUUGCACUCACAUCACCAGCUCCCUGGAAAUCCAGAUUAGGGGCGGUAAUAACGUAGUUAAAGAAUUGGAGGACAAUUUGAGUAUGAUCGAAGAAAUCGACGGGUACCUCAAAGUGGUGAGGUCGUUCUCGUUGGUGUCGCUGAACUUCCUCAGAAACCUCAAGAGGAUCGGCGGCAAGUAUCUAGAAAGCCAAAAGUACAGCUUGGUGGUGUUGGACAACCAGAACCUACAAGAUUUAUGGGAUUGGGACAACAAUCGAACCAUCAAAAUCGAUAACGGCUCUUUGUUUUUCCACUUUAACCCGAUGCUGUGCUACAGCAAAAUUGAGGAGUUGAAGACGGUCGCGAAGUUGCCGGAUUUCACCGAUCUGGAAGUCGCGCCGACUUCGAACGGCGACAAAGUCGCGUGCAACGUUACCGAAUUGGUAGUAAACGUAACGAAGAUAGAAAGCAAAGGAGUCAUUCUAGAAUGGCAACCUUACAGGGUGAUCGAGGAUACUCGUAGCUUGCUCAGCUACACGGUGUUUAGUAUUGAAGCUCCGAAUAGGACGGUCAACUCUUACGACGGACGUGACGCUUGCGGACAAGAUAAUUGGCACGUAGACGACGUGCCCAAUAAUCCAAACGUAGAUCCCGUUCAGCAUCCUUUAACUAACUUAAAACCUUACACGCAAUACGCAUUUUACGUGCGUACUUACACCGUAGCCAACGAAAAGCGAGGAGCUGAAAGUAAAAUCCAGUAUUUCGUAACGAAACCCUCCAGACCGGGUGUGCCCACAUUAACGGUGACCAGCAACUCGAGCGAUUCGUUGUACGCCAAAUGGACUGCUCCACGACACCCUAAUGGGAAAAUAACGCACUACGUUUUAUCCGGUAGCAAGAGGAAAGAUCUUUUGCUCGACAUAAAACGCGACUAUUGCAAAAACCCCGUGGUGGAUUACAAGCCGGAAACUCCAUCUCCGCUACCAUCUACCCCUUCGCCGAAGAACGAUAGUUGCUACGACAGUGGUAAGCAAGAUAGAGCUACCAUCGACGAAGUGGAAGAAUGGGCGAGGAUAAAAUUCGAAGACGCGUUACACAAUGAGGUCUACGUUAAAAGGACUGACGUAAUCAGCAGGAAAAGAAGACACGCGUAUGAGGAUAUAGAGACCUACGGGAAUAGUUCCCAGAGCAGCAAAAUUCCCGCCAAGUUUCCAAACUCCACCGCUUAUCUUCAGGAUGGCUCGAAGAAUGAAGCUCCGAUUUUGAACAAAACGGAAAUCGGUAGCGAAAUAUACGAAACUUUUACAUUUAACGUGGUAGGGCAAACCGAAUACUAUAUCAAGAACUUGCACCAUUUUACUUUCUACGAUGUGUACAUUAAGGCGUGCAGGGAAAAGGUGGAUAACGAUCUCGAGCCUGAAUGCAGCUUGAAUGAUGUUGAGACAGUCCCCACUCUAAGGAAAGUGGGAGCUGACAAUAUUACAAACGUUACAAUAACAAAUAAAAGUUUGGAGACUGUAACGGUGAGCUGGCAUCAGCCGCCAGACCCUAACGGCAAGAUUGUGUCCAUAUUAUUCCACUAUAAGCGUGAAGGUAGCAAAAACGCUCAACCUAACAAAGAGUGCAUCUCCUUAAAAGAUUUUAAGAAGUACAACAUAGGCAAGUCGUCUAUGAGCUAUACGAUUACUAAAUUAUUUCCGGGCAAUUACAGUCUUUGUUUAAAGGCAACCUCAUUAGCCGGAGAUGGAGAAUAUUCUGAUUGCGUUAAUUUCGUCAUCGAAGAACCGACAUCGUACGGAGUCUUAGUCACCACCAUCGUUCUCUUUUCUUUGUUUUCGAUUGUGGUGGUCGUCGGUUGUUGGUUUUAUAGAAGAAACGUAAAGGAGCGGAAGAACAUGAGACUUAUACCAGCUGUAAACCCGGAGUACGUGGCUAGCGUAUAUAUACCGGACGAGUGGGAAGUGUCUCGUAAAAAAAUCGAGUUAAUCAAAGAGUUGGGUCAGGGUAGCUUUGGUAUGGUCUGGGAAGGUAUCGCUCACGACGUAAACGGACAAUCCUCCAUUCGCUGUGCUGUUAAAACGGUGAACGAACACGCUACAAAUAGGGAGAGAGUGGAUUUUUUGAACGAAGCAUCAGUAAUGAAGGCUUUUGACACAGCCCACGUGGUAAGACUCCUGGGUGUCGUCUCUCAGGGCCAACCGACACUGGUGAUAAUGGAGCUUAUGGCCCACGGCGACUUAAAGUCGUACCUAAGAUCCCACAGGCCAGACGCGGAGUCGCUGAACUCCAUCAUCCCUAAACAACCUCCUAGUUUAAAACAAAUUCUUCAGAUGGCGAUCGAAAUUGCCGACGGUAUGGCCUAUCUGGAGGCGAAAAAAUUCGUGCAUCGCGAUUUGGCUGCUCGGAAUUGCAUGGUGUCGGAAGAAAUGACAGUGAAGAUCGGAGAUUUCGGGAUGACUAGAGAUAUUUAUGAGACUGACUAUUAUCGUAAAGGUACAAAGGGGUUGUUACCGGUGAGAUGGAUGGCUCCAGAGAGUUUGAAAGACGGUGUGUUUACCAGCAGUAGCGACGUAUGGAGUUACGGCGUGGUGUUGUGGGAAAUGGCAACUUUGGCGUCCCAACCUUACCAAGGCCUAUCAAACGAUCAGGUCUUACGGUACGUUAUCGACGGUGGUGUCAUGGAACGGCCUGAAAACUGUCCCGACAAGCUGUACGCUUUAAUGAGAUUCUGUUGGCAACAUAAACCUACAGCUCGACCUACUUUUAUGAAGCUUUGCCAAAUUCUCUUAGAAGACGCCAGUCCGGUGUUCUCCCAGGUAUCGUUCUAUCACAGUCCAGCCGGAAAAGAGGCAAGAUCAACGCGGCUACCGACAUCUCCGUGUCAUAAUGAUAACGAAACAGAGGCAGCUACACCAUUGAGAAGGCCUCCAGAUCGAACCACGCACGGCUAUACUCCCUCCGAGUCCCAAGAGUCUGACGAUAUCGACAUCGAUACACAUCAUCGGUUUCCCAGUAUUUCAGAAGAGCCCACCGCCAAUGGAUACGUCGGAGGGCGCAUCAGAAAUGGUGUAGUCGACUCAACUCAAUGCUAACCGCAGUUGGUUAAUUUGUAAAUAUAUUUCGGAAAAUAUAGAUACUGCGUUAAUUAAGGAAUCCCCUCAAAAGUGUUCAGACGGUUUCUGACGAAACCAAAUUAUUUAAAAUGAAUAUUUUGCUCAGGAAAUACUCUCGAAAAUCUCACUCAUUAUAACAAGAAAUUGCGCGAAAGUGCUUGCUGCUUACUGCAUGAAGUAAAUUAUAGUUUUAAGUAAAUAAAUUUACCAAAGAUAGAAAUAUAUAGUUGUAAUAUGUGACCUGUGAUGUUUUUCAUUUUUUUUAUGAUCAUUUUUAACAAACACACAGGUUCAGUUGCAGUUUUACAGUUAUACAGGAGGCAGAAACAAAAAUUUGGAUCCGUUUUAUUUAUUUAUUUAUUUUUGUUCAAAAAUGGGUCAUUUACUUUUCUCUGUUUAAAGCCGCACCACUGUCAAAUAUUUGUAGCUAAUCCCAUUUUCUUUUGCUGAACCCUUUUAAAUUGCUACCCUCUCACUCUUCCCAUUUUAAUCCAUAAUUUUAAAUUAAUUUAGAUUGUGAGUACCAACAGCAUUACUCUCUUAAGAACCAUUAAAAUGGCCCAUUUUUGUGCCCUUGCCAGCACUGUGACUACUUCCCAUAUGGACGUGCGGCCUAUCCAGAAACAUUCCUGACGAAAUUUGAUAGAAACAGCACUUUCCUAUGAACAUUCCUCUACCCUUUAAAUUCGUUUCAAAUAGCCUCUAAAAAUUUUGUAAUAUUAAUCUACCGAAGCACGUCUCUGGCCAACAAAUCUUCCACGAAACAAGCAAGUAAUUAAAAAAUUUUUGGAGCACCAUUUGUCAGGGGAGUUUCGGGGUGAGCUGUAUUUUAUUAGUCCAUGAUAAGUUUAUUUUUCAAUUGUUCUCAUCAGUUUUAUCUAAAUGAAUCUGUUAUUGUUUUAAUUCGUAUAUAGUAAUGAUGCCAGCAUUGAGAAAGCAUGUAUUAAGAAAACAGCAAGAGUAACCCUGUAGUGAUGGUCAUAUUUCUUGUUAUACUGAUAGAAGUAAUUUAGUUAAAGUGAUGAGUAUAAUUGCUAUGAAUUAUUUUUUAUAUGUAACCCAAAGCAUUCACUGUAGACCUGUCACUUUUGGCGAAAUUGUACAUCGCAGCCUGAAUAUGAGUUCCUGUUAAUACUAGACAGUUGGUAGUAACACAAAUACCGCUAUGAUAAAGGAUAAUUGUAGGUACUAUUUAUAUUUUUAAUUAUAUUUUGUACCCUGACAUUGUACAUUUCUCUAUUAUUUUUUACAAAAUAAAAAAUAUAUUUAAUUUACAUACAACAAGCAGUCACUAGGCAAACAGUUAUUAGAGUAUUUUUUUACCAAUUUUUUACCUUAUCGAAUGUUUGCAAGGAGAGAACACAUCUGCUGAAAUGGCUAUAACUAACAAGAUUUCCCACAAAUCCUAAAUAUUAUGUCCCAUAUUUCAGGAAAUUUCCACGUGUGUACAUGAAUAAUGAUUGUAAGUUCUGCAGUUUAUAUGCCCUAUUUUUAACUUUAUUUAUAUUUAAUGAAAAAUACAGCGCCAAAAUUUUAGUCUAAACGUUUUUUAUAAAUAUACAUAUAUACGUAGAUGAAAAUGGGAGAAUUGCAAUUAAUAAAAAAUCCAUAAUGUAACAUGUAAAUGCGUUUAAUACACUACUUUUUGUUUAUUUACGUCAUUUCUUUGAAAGAUCAACAACAGCAAAGG